AUGACAACUGAAGAUUUCUUAGAACAUGAUAAAUCUCUAACAUAUAAAUCAACAGAUAUUUCAUGUACUAACCCUGCAGAACAAGUGAGUAGUGCAUCAGAAAAUAAAAAUUUUGGGUUCUUAAGCAAGAUAGAACCCAAAUCUGUCAAAGAAGCUCUGAAUGACUCAGACUGGAUUCAAGCUAUGCAAGAAGAGCUUGAUCAGUUUGAAAAGAGCAAGGAGAAUGAAGAAAAGCAAAUGAAGAUGGCUGGUGUUGUUCGAACCGAUGGGAAGAUUGAGAGUCAUGAUCUAGAGCUGCAGAAACAAAGCAAGAUGACAGAGUCUUCACGUCAACAGAAUGUCGGCUUGUAUUACAAAAGUAGUGUACUUUCAGAGAAAGGCGUUGGUUCACCAAAGACAGCAUUCAUUGAAGAAGAUCGAAAUGAUAUUGUUCGCAAAACAGCUCAUGGGAAAGCUACGACAGCACCAAGAAAGUUUGCAAAUGUUGCUGAAAUUAAAGAAGAAAAAGAACCUGCUAAAAACCAUGAAGAAAAGGUUAAGAACAAAGAGAAAACUCGAGAAGAGAUCUUGAGUGAGAAAACACAUAAAGAAAGAGAUGUGGUUUACAGAAGAAUGGAUGAGAUGCAGGAAGAAUAUGAGAAUGCUGUCAGCAACAAACGAUGGGACAAGAAGAGAGAGUGUUAUUACAACAGAGAAGGAGAACCAGUUGCUGAAGAAGUUGAAACAGAAGCUGUGGAAGCUGAAGUUGUGAAAGUAGUUGAAGAACAGCAAAUUGAAGAAGAAGAAAUGAAGGAUGUCAAGUCAGAUGCUGGUGAUGUUGGCGAAGAAGUCAGUGUUGAACAAAAGCUGAAUGAUGCUGAGAUGAAGCAGCCAGAGGAAGCUGAAAACACUGAAGUGCCAAACACUGAGGUGUUUCUGAAGAAAAUUGAAUGUCAACCAAAGGAGAAACGAAGCAGCCUGGCACCGGAGGCUGCUGAUCCCUGCAACGGUUAA